UGGGAAUAUCAUAUUCUCAAUAUACUGACUGGACGGGGGAAAACUUGGGGAUUCUUACUGACAGGCAAUUUAGGUUAUUAAAUUUAAUGAAGCAAUGACGCCAAAUUCGUCAGGAUCCUUAGACAGUUUAGACAGUGGAGAUGCCGAUCCCCGAAUGGUUCGGAAAACCCGAGAAUAAUUGAUAUUCUCGUCGUUGAAAGGAGAAUAGGAGGACCAGGAGGAGGUUUACGGAGUACAUUGUGAUCUGUACUGGUAACCGCCUAUGGGCAGCGGAAUUUCCGAAUAUGUCUGCUCCUGCGAUGUGAGAGUAUAAGUAGAAUUGUCGAAUGCCCUCACGGUUCCUGAAGAAUGGACUCGAAAGGUGUAUUGAUGCCAAAGCCAACCUAAACACCGCCGACCACAAUGAACCUCCUUCUCCUAGCUGGAUUGUUGCCCCUUGCGGCUUCUCAAUCUCUGUCGGAUCUCUACCUCGAGAACGCCCCGUCCUCACCUCGGCCAUACAUCAUCCCCCAUUACGCCAACUCCCAUGCAGUUACGAUUGGCAGUCAACUCUACCGUUUCCCGGUCACCGGACCAUCCUCAGACUAUGCGUUUACGCUGAUGAGCACCAAUGCCCCCUACAGCGGCAGUCUCGGUGUGCUCCCGCAUAUCCACCGCAAGCAUUACGAGAACUUCUUCAAUUUCAAGGGUCGCUUCCAGCUCUGGGCGCAGUAUGGCGAGGAGGAACAACAGGGACGCUUGUUGACACAGGGUGAUUAUGGGUCGGUGCCGAGGAAUACCACGCACACCUUCCAGAUCUUAGACCCGGACACAGAGAUGGUUGGAGUGAUCUCUCCGGGCGGGUUCGAGGACCUCUUCUACAACCUCGGUACAAACUACACCUCCGCCACCAACACACCCUAUGUACCACAGGCGACCAAUGAUUCUUCGGCUGCCGGACCGGAUGCUGGCGGAAUUUCCGGUCUCGAAUCAUUCGACGUCUAUGCUCAGCUUUCUUUCGAGCCGCGUCGGGACUUCGCCAACGGCUCUGCGCCGUCGGAUGAGGGCUGGCACACAGAGGACGCUGCCCUCGGCGAGCCGGGAAAGCCCUACUUCAUCGCCAACAACUAUGGCCCGAAGUACCUCAACUCCAAGCACGGAGCGUACCAGAUUAUCCAGCCGCUGGUUACCAAUAGUCAGGCACAGGAUACGAACUUUACCAUGUCGACCAUUAUUUUGAGCCGGCAACGGGCGUCGAGUUCGGCACCGACGUGGUCCACAGCCGGCGCCACAGCGUUCGAGGUCCUGGAAGGAUCCGUUCAAAUUCAGAUCGGCGACUAUCCUGUUGCUCAGCUAGAGAUGGGUGAUGUGGCCUUCGUGCCUGCAACGGUGUCGUAUAGCUAUUGGACGCAAGGAUCAUAUGCGAAGGUGUUGUCCGUCAAUGCUGGUCAGGAUGGACUUAACCAGCAAUUGAUUGGCGAGGGGAAGGAUUGGGGAUAUCCGACUUUUCCACGUUAUUAAUCGACAGUUAUGGAGUACCAAUUAGCGAUCUAUGAUUGGUGUGAAAACGAUGUACUGUAGUGUAUAUAGUCCUGAUAUUUAUCUUAUGAUUGAGUUUUUGGAUUGUCUAGCCGAGGAAAAGCCGCCGGUCGCAUUGGGUGGAAACGCGCCCGUUCAGAGUCUAAUGAUUCUAAUCCCCCCCAGCUAUCCCUGCCAGAGGGCGUAGGGAAGCUUUUAGUGCUCGGUAGUAUUGUAUAAUUAGCAUGGAUGUCUGAAUGCACAUCGAGUCGUUGACCACUUCACCAGCUGCCAAGGAGCGGGGGUUGCUUGGCAAAGAGAAGGAGACUCGUCUCUGAAAUGCACAAGGACGGGAUAAAGUACAAAUUUGAACUGAAAUG